UUGGACUGACAUUGGAGUUGUCAUGGAACCUUGAUGACAUAUGACAUAGCCUUGGUCUUGAUCAAGAUCCUUACAGAAUCUUGAAAUCUUGCAGACAGUCUUGAUUGGUCUUGAUGACGUAGUGUGGUAUUUUCAAAUUGGGGGGGAUGUGUAGUGCUUUUAUUGGGAUGCGUCCCAUCUUUUCAUAUGUUUGUGUUUGUUUUGUGAACUCAAACUUCUUCAGUUAUUUAAAGGAUGCAGAAGGAGGAUUCACUAUUACAUGAUCUCUGACGUGGUGUAAUAUGUUUUUUAUUCUAUGAUCAAGAAUGAGCACAAAAUCGAAUUUUGUAAUGGGCAUCUUGAUCUUCCUGGGUGGUGCUCUUGAUCUUCCUGGGUGGUGCUUCAAGGUAAACCACCGCAGUGCGCUUUGGCGCGUUGGGUUUCCAUGGAAACAUAACAAACCCGAAUGCCUUGCAAUGCUGAAGUGUUGAGCCUAAAUUGUCUUGAAUGCCUCACCAGCGUGCUGCAGUGCGCGCACUGUUGGGAUGGUGAAACAGGGUCCUGCUUAACUCACCUGGUUGGGUUCCUUUUGCCAGAAAGGUAAAGGAAAGAAAGGUUGGGAAGGAGAAUGAAGGAACCCUAAAUGUUAAUUGUGUGAGCCCUAUAUCUCCAGCCCAUCUUGCAGCAGUCUGUGUACCUAGUUGCAGCUGGAGCUGUAUGUCUUCCUUGUAGUUUGUUGCUUGAGAACCUUGUAUUGACAUUCUAUUUUUGUUUGUUGACAGCAUUAUGUCGAAGUUUGCCGUCAAUCUGCUGGGGAGUUGAGUCGUUGACCCAAUGGAACUCCUAGAAGAGCAUCCACGGUACAGAGAGCUGCUGUUGGCUUUGGAUACCAAUAAUGCUUGGCGAGCUCUGGGCGAGAUUGCUGAUGAAUACAGCAGUCUGCUGUCGCCGACAGACCUUGCCGUCGCAGCACACCAGCCCUCCCCAUCUCGCUUCCUCCUGGAACGGAUCACCCUGUUGAAUGGACCCCUGACAGUUCACGAGGCUUUCAUGCUUCUGGAGUCCUUGGAUGGGGCAGCGUCUGCAGCCGCCGACCUGCUGCGGCCGCCCCAGCCGCUGCGUGUCCGGCCCCUCUCCGAGACCAACUCGGCCUGCGUGUGGGCGCCGAUCGGCGGCCGGCUGGAGCUGCUCUGCGAGGCUGAGGCGUGGCCGCCGCCCAGCUUCCAGUGGCGGCGCGACGGCCGGCCGGUGCCGCCCGAGGCCGGCGGCGAGCGGGCGCGGCUCUGCGUGCAGCCGUUCUCGGCCGCCGACGCCGGCCAGUACUGCUGCCAGGUGCGGGACGCGGCCGGCGGCGCCGUGUCGGCCGGCGCCGUGACGGUGGAGCCGCGCCAGGCGCCGCCGCGCCCGCUGGAGCGCCGGGUGACGGACGUGACGGGCGGCGUGCUGGGUGCGGACGGCUCGGUCUCGGCCAGCGGCGAGCGGCCGCUGCAGCUGCAGGUGCGCUGGACCGGCUGGCCCGAGCCGCGGCUGCGCUGGUUGCGCGACCACCAGCCGGUGGACGGCGCCGACGGCGACACGCUGACCCUACUGCCGGGGCCGGGAGCCCUCGGCGGCACCUAUGUCUGCGUGGCCCAAAACGCCGUCGGGGAGGUCCACUCGGAGCCGUUCCGUGUGGAGUUCGACUCGCGCCCGGUGGUGAUCGAACACCCGCAGACGGCACAGCGCUGCCACCCCAUCGGCCGGCCGCUCAGACUGCGCUGCAAGGCCUUCUGCCGCAGACAGGUCAAGGUGGUGUGGCGCCACUCUGUGCUGGACGCCGACUCUGGCCGGGACGAGGUGGUUCCCUGCAGUCAGGUGAUGACGGAGCCGCAGCCGGCCGCCGGUCUGGUUACCUCAGAGGUGCGGCUGACCCCCUCUGAGCGCGACGUGCGCCGCCACUGCGGCGUCACCUGCGAGCUCCUCGCCGAGGGAGACUUCGAGAACAGUUUCACCCAGAGUCUGCCGGCCCGGUUCAGAGUCGUGUACCCGGCGCACUCCAAAAUGGCGCUCAUCAUUGGAAACUCCAACUACCAUCACCUGGAGAAACUCCAGGAGGUGGGGCAGGACGUGGCCGACUUUGAGGCGGCCAUGCGCCGGCUCGGGUUCGGCACUCUGGUCGCCAUGGACCUGACCACCGAGCGCUCGCGGCGCGCGGUGGAGUACUUUGCCCGCGUGGCGGCGCCGGACGCCUACCUGGCCGUGCUGGUGGCUGGACAUGGGUUCACCUACCAGCGGCGGGACUACCUGGCGCCCGUGGACCACCCGGCGCUGGACAGCGGCACCGGCGUGCACCCCAGCAGAUGUCUCUCGAUGCUGGACGACAUCGAGGACCGCCUGCAGCGCACCUCGCCCAAACAGCUGCUUAUCUGCGGCGACAUGUGCCGCACCAUGAACGACGCCUGCGCCACGGCCGAGGCGGCGGCGGCGGCGGCGGGCGCUCCGGGCGCGCCGGCCGGCCAGCCGCCCCGCUCGGCCGCCAACGUGGUCCGCCUGUUCUCCACACAGAUGGGCCACGAGGCGAUGGACGACAGCAAGUUCAUGCGCUGUCUGCUGGCCAACAUUGAGCGCGACAUCCCCGUUCAGGAGAUGGGCGUACAGACACUGCGCGCGCUGGGCUCCAUCACUGACGGCGGGCCGGCCGCCGACCAGAUUCAGCAACACCCCAUCAUGGAGCUGUCGAUGGCGGAGCACCGCAGUCUGCAGGACCCGGCCGACCACCGCACGGCGCUGGACGAACACUGCGAGCUCAACACCACGCUGGAGAAGCUGAACCUGCGGCUGGGCAUCCGGUGCUCCAACUACGUGUGGGACAGCGAGCCGGAGCUGCUGCUCACCCUGCGCCUCGACCCGUGCACGCCCUACUACGUCUGGAAGGUGCUGCCACACCCGGACGGCCACCGCGGCCUGUCGUUUGCGUUGGAGAACAACUGCCGGUCGGGCGCCAGCUCGUGGCGUGUGACGGGUCUGCCGGCGUCCGGCGGCCGCGUCCGGCUGCAAACCAUCAUCGGCAUCGGCUCAGCAGAGCGGCGCGACCAGCCGGCCGGCUUUUUCCACCACCCGCCGCUGGUGCUGCAGCUGCACCCGUACCUGGGACUGGUGGCCGAGCCGGGCCCCGGCCUGGCGCCCGACACCAAGGUCUCCAACGCCGACCGGUAGUUCCCCCGACACACACACACACACACACACACGAGCGGUGGUCGCUGCCGCUGUGAGGUGCCUCCGAGCCCGGCCCAGAGAACUGCCGGUCGCUCGGAGACUGACCCACUGUGUAGUCUGCACACUCGACAGCCGUCGUUCGUUACAAGUACGGUACGGUGCGCGGAACUCAUCUGUCAGCGUGCCGUACGCGCGGUGUUCGCCCUCGCAGCGCGGUGCUUGGGCUGUCCGUUUUACAAACUGUGAUGUUGAUUGUGGUAGGUAACUGAUAAUGGUGGUUUACGUAGACGGCGCCAGGGUAAAGCGUCCCGCGUACCGCGUACUACGGGUGUCUCCUGGCUGCCGACUGGAGGUCUAGAGGUAGUGGAUUUGCUAAGAUUGUGAACAGGCGUGGCUUGUAGGAUUGGGAAUGAGCUGAUGUUGAGCUCAGCAAUUGACGCGUGCUGCUUUAUUUAGCUUUGCUUUAUGGUGAUAUCGCUUUAUGGCUUGUUACGAUAGACAAGAUGAAAGUUUGCGCUGUGUGGCCCACCCACUGCGGUCGCCUGUGGUCGGCAGGGGGGGGGGGUAUACAGUCGCUGUGGUCGGCAGGGGGGG